AUGACCAUUGGUGGACCCCUAUGGGGUCAUGAAGAUGGGUCACGUAAGGUACAUGGGUGUAGCGAUGAGGUUCUUAAUCACAUGAGAGAUCAGAUCCAGACCCUUCAGAAGUAUGGUAUCACCCAUUACAAGGUACAGCUAGACUUAAAGGAGAACCCCCUGGAAAGGGAUGAGGGACAACUACAGUGUUACAGGACCCUUCUCCAGGACCUGAACAAAGCCAGCAUUAAACCAAUUGUGAUCUUACAUGGCGGCAACCUCAAUAGGCUUGCUGCAGUUGGCACCCAGACUGGCACCAGCGCUGUUGAUGCCUAUGCAGAAUAUGCUGAACUUGCAUUCCGUUCAUUCAGAAAUUUGGUCGACAACUGGAUAACAUUUGAUGUUCCUGCCGAUGUUAUUGACUCACAGUCCCUGCAGGUUCUGCUGGACGCCCAUGAGAGAGUGUAUGCGUUAUAUCACCAAAAGUACCCUGCUGGAGGUGGACAGAUCUCCAUUGCCUUGGCCCCGUCCCUCCUGGACACAUGUCUGUCACUUCGAGGGAAUUUCCUGAAAUCCGUCGACUUCCUUGCACUGAACAUACAUCGUGACUGUGCGAAAUCCAAGGAGCAAGACAGCUGGAUGACGGAGAAGGCUGGAGAGGAAGCAAACCACAACAUAAGGAACAUGGAAAUUCUCAUCUUCAGUUUAUCAGUGACUGAAUGUGAUGUUGUAUCAGAGGAGGACAAAUAUGUUCUCACUUUUAAGGUAUAUUCAGAAAUCAGCGCUUCUGUUCCCGGGCUCAUGGGAUAUGACAUCAGUUAUUUCUUACCUAUGUCAACUUCUGGGAAAGGAAGAUCUGAGAAUUUGGUGAACAAGUCUGUAUCAUCCCGCUCAGCCUUUACUACUGUAUGGGAAAGAUUUGCCGGCCAGACACCAGCAGAGAGAGAUAUCUUCUUGCAUGAGACCUUCCCCAAUGGUUUCCUGAUGGGCUCCUCCUCUGCAGCCUUCAAAGUAGAAGGAGGCUGGUCCGAGGGAGAUAAAGGACAAUCUAUAUGGGACGUUUUUGGACAACAUGGUCAAGCUGAUGACAAUGCAACCGCCAAUGUGGCCAGCGACAGCUACUACAAGAUUGACUAUGACGUGUAUCUUCUGAAGGGCCUACAGUCCAAGGUCUAUCACUUCUCCAUCUCCUGGUCCAGAAUAUUCCCAACAGGACUGAAAUCCAAAGUCAACUCAGCAGGCGUGAAAUAUUACAACAUAUUAAUUGACCGGUUAAUCAAAGAAAAUAUCAAACCAAUGGUAACUUUGUAUCACUGGGAUCUACCCCAAGCUCUGCAGGAGUCCGGGGGCUGGCAGAAUGAAUCCACCAGCCAGGCUUUUAUGGAAUACGCAGAUUUCUGCUUCAGCAGUUUUGGAGAUAGAGUUAAACAUUGGAUAACGUUUCACGAACCUUGGGUCGUUAGUUACGCGGGUUACGGCAUCGGCCAACAUGCCCCUGGGAUCAAAGAUCCAGGAAAUGCCUCCUUCAAGGUGUCACACAACAUUGUGAAAGCUCAUGCUAAGGCCUGGCAUGUCUACAAUGACAAGUAUCGGGCCUCGCAGCAAGGUCAGGUAGGAAUCUCUCUGAAUUCAGACUGGGCAGAACCAAAAGACCCAAAUAAUCCAGAUGAUGUGAGCGCUGCAGAGCGAUAUCUCCAGUUCAUGCUUGGGUGGUUCGCACAUCCAAUUCUUGUCAAUGGGGACUACCCAGAGGUCCUGAAGACGCAAGUCCAACACAUUAAUACCCAGUGCUCUACUACAGUGGCUGAGUUGCCCACAUUUUCUGAGGAAGAGAAAGCCUACAUCAAUGGCACUGCGGACUUCCUUGGCAUCUCCCAUUAUACGUCCAGAAUGGUUAAUGCCUCUGAAAGCCCUAGCUGUGUGGCCGAUUAUAAUAACAUUGGAGGAUUUGCACCCCAUGUGGAUCCUUCAUGGCCAACCACCUCAUCUCCAUGGCUCUAUGUGGUGCCAUGGGGUCUCAGGAGGCUUUUGAACUAUGUCAAGGAAGAAUAUGUAAAAGGAGGACUACCCAUAUAUAUAACUGGGAAUGGUAUGCCAACACCCUACACUGGAGAGGUGUUCAAUGACACAGCUCGAGUGGAGUACUUGACAGCAUAUAUCAAUGAAGCCCUGAAAGCUGUUAGGACUGAUAAUGUGACUGUAAGUGCCUUUGUAGUCCGCUCACUCCUGGAUGGCUUUGAAGGACCUCAAGGAUACAGUCAAAGAUUUGGUUUACAUCAUGUAGAUUUUGAAAAUGCAAAUCGACAAAGAACCCCCAAAAAAUCAGCCUAUCUCAUUUCCAGUAUUUCUGAAAAUAAUGGCUUCCCAGGGACAAAGUUGGCCAAAAAAGUUAAUCAGGCAAAAUGGGUACAUGCAAAGAAGUUACCAGCUCUACCUGCAUCAGAAGUUCCCUCAAAGGCUAAAGUUGUGUGGGAUAAGUUCUCAGGACAAUCAGCUUUUGAAAGGGAUAUGUACCAUUAUUCUACAGUACCAAGUGAUUUUAAAUGGGGGGUCUCAACCUCCGCAUAUCAAAUUGAAGGGGGAUGGAAUGAAGAUGGAAGAGGACCAAGUAUAUGGGACACAUUUUCACAACUCCCAGGCAAUAUUUACGAAAAUGGCAAUGGCAAUAUAGCCUGUAAUAGUUACCACCAGUUGGAUGCAGACAUGUACAUGCUGAGAAGUUUAGGAGUGAAUAGUUACCGCUUCUCCAUCUCAUGGUCUCGAAUCUUCCCAAGUGGACAGGGCACAGUCAAUAGUAAGGGUGUGGAGUAUUAUAACAAGCUUAUUGAUGGCCUAUUGGCAAACAACAUCACACCAAUGGUGACCCUUUACCACUUCGAUCUUCCUCAGGCUCUCCAAGACAUAGGUGGUUGGGAGAGUGAUGUAGUCCUUGAGGCUUUUCACAGCUAUGCAGAUUAUUGUUUUAGAACAUUUGGAGAUAGGGUCAAGGUUUGGAUGACUUUUAACCAACCCCACACAAUUGUUGCCACUGGUUAUGGUAUUGGUCUCUUUCCACCUGGUUUGAAAGAUGAUCCUGGUCAUGCACCUUACAGAGUAGCUCACAAUCUAAUCAAAGUCCAUGCUAGAGUCUACCAUACUUAUGAUGAGAAAUAUAGAAAUAGUCAAGGAGGUGUCAUUUCUGUGAGUCUCAACACUAAUUGGGUGGAACCCAAAGACCACACAGAACCGAAGGACAUAGAAGCUGCUGAUCGCUAUUUGCAGUUCACCUUGGGAUGGUUUGCACACCCCAUCUUCAAAAAUGGCGACUACCCAGAGGUGAUGAAAUGGCAGGUGGCCAAUAAGAGUGAGCUACAGGGCCUCCAGUCUUCCAGACUUCCAACUUUUACAGAUGAAGAGAAGGCCUACAUCCAAGGAACAGCCGAUGUUUUCACAAUAAACAUCUACACCACAAACAUAGUUCAGCAUAAGACCAAAAUACUAUUUCCUCCAUCUUUUGAAAGUGAUAUUGACAUUGCAGAGGAGAUUGAUAAUAACUGGCCAGGGACAGCUCUUGUUAAUUUCAGGGCAGUAGCCUGGGGUCUAAGGAGGCUGCUUAACUGGGUGAAAGAAGAGUAUGGAGAUGUCCCUAUAUACAUCACUGAGAAUGGAGUUGCAAUGGAAAGGAACCCCGAUUUUGAUGACACUGCUCGAAUUUUCUAUCAUAAGACAUAUAUUGAUGAAGUUAUAAAAGCUCACAGCUUGGACAAAGUGAAUCUGAAAGGUUACUCUAUCUACUCACUUAUGGACUCCUUUGAGUGGACUACUGGAUAUAUAAAGCGGUUUGGUCUUCACCAUGUGGAUUUCAAUAUUCCUACCCGUCCAAGGACUGCAAAACGCACGGCUAUUUACUACGCCGAAAUUAUCAGGAACAAUGGCAUCCCCAUGCACAAAGAAGAGGAAUUUCUGUAUGGAGAAUUCCGGGAUGACUUUGCUUGGGGUGUAGCUUCCUCAGCUUUUCAGAUUGAAGGGGCCUGGAGGGCCGAUGGGAAAGGGUUAAGCAUCUGGGAUCUGUUUUCUCAUACACCAUCUAAAAUUGAAGAUGAUAGUAAUGGAGACGUGGCAUGCAACACCUACUACCGGAUUGACGAGGACAUAGAGCUUCUCAAGGGUCUUAAUGUCUCCCAUUACCGAUUCUCCAUCUCCUGGCCUAGAGUUCUUCCCGAUGGGACUAGGAACCACAUCAAUGAAGCCGGUCUGAGUUACUACUCUCGGCUGAUAGACGGUUUGCUGGCUGCUGGUAUUACACCACAGGUCACAAUUUAUCAUUGGGAUCUUCCUCAAGCUUUGCAAAACGACGGGGGUUGGGAGAACGAGACAAUCGUAGACCGGUUUAAGGACUACUCUGAAGUUCUUUUCCAGAGACUGGGUGACAGAGUGAAGUUCUGGAUCACUCUGAAUGAGCCGUACAUCGUUGCCCACUUGGGCUAUGGAGAAGGAGCCUUUGCACCAGGAAUCUAUUCACCAGGGAUUAGUGUAUACCUGGCAGGACAUAACCUGAUUAAAGCCCAUGCAGAAGUAUGGCACCUGUACAAUGAUAAGUACAGAGCCUCCCAGGGGGGUCUCAUCUCCAUCACCCUCAACUGUGAUUGGGCUGAACCAAUUAACCCUUACAAACAAGAGGACACAGAAGCAGCAUGGCGGUACCUGAUGUUUUUCGCUGGAUGGUUUGGACAUCCUGUCUUUAAAACUGGAGACUACCCAGAAGUUAUGAAGACCUAUGUACGUGAGAGAAGCCUUGCUGUGGGGCUGCCCCAAAGCCGGCUCCCAGAGUUUACAGACAGUGAGAAGCAAAGAAUAAAAGGCACGUACGACUUCUUUGGCCUGAACCACUACACUAGCGUUCUGGUUGGAAAUGCUGUCUAUGGACUAGACUAUCAGGCUUAUCAAGGGGACAGGGGGGUUUAUUUACUGAGCGACCAGACCUGGCUCGGAUCUGGGAGUAUAUGGCUGAGAGUGACGCCUUUUGGACUCAGAAGGUUAUUAAACUGGAUAAAGGAAGAAUUUAACAACCCUCUUAUAUAUAUCACAGAAAACGGCAUAUCUGAGCGUGGGACAAAUCUAAAUGAUGAAUGGAGAAUCCAUUAUUAUAAGCAUUAUUUGAACGAGGCUCUGAAAGCUGUAAAGUACGAUGGUGUUGAUCUCCGUGGAUACUCCGCCUGGAGUCUGAUGGAUAACUUUGAGUGGGCGACAGGUUACACUGAGCGGUUCGGUUUAUAUUACACCAACUAUUCAGACCCAAAUCUGUCCCGUCUCCCUAAAGCUUCUGUGAAAUACUACAGAUCCGUGGUUCAGUGCAAUGGCUUUCCGGAUCCACAUAACGGGUCUCAUCCAUGCCUAGAACCAGAAACUGAAGGUGGGUGUAAACAUACACCAUCACAUUUAAGUUAUAGGAGACAUUUACCCAGAAUCCCCUGUUUUCCGGCAGGUACAACUUCCAGACCCAGCGGCAGCAGCCCCACUACAGGACCCUCAGGAGAGCAGGAACCACCAUUUGUGCACUUUCUGGGACUGAAAGUCUCCACCUCGGAUGCGAUGACUGCUUUAUAUGUGGAAUUUGCUCUCUUACUUGCUGCAGUUUUGGGUGUCAUUUUGUUUUCAGUUUUGUACGGUAAACUUCGUAAGAAACGCAAGUUAGCAGAGAGCAACAACAAUGGUCGUCUUAAUGAAGUGGAGCCAGGGGGAGUAUUUAGGUGCAACAACGACAUUUUAAAUGACUUGAAAGACCAAAUUCCAACCCUGCAGAAGUAUGGCAUCACCCACUACAAGAUCCAGCUGGCUGUGAACUCUGUAACCUUCAAGGGCAAGGAUGAGGGACAACUGCAGUGUUACAGGACCCUUCUUCAGGAACUGCAGGGAGCCAGCAUUAAACCAAUUGUGAUCUUACAUGACAGUGACCUCAACAGACUUUUUGAAGUUGGCACCCAGACUGGCACCAGCCCUGUUGAUGCCUAUGCAGAAUAUGCUAAAUUUGCAUUUCAUUCCUUUGGGGAUUUGGUCCAAACCUGGAUAACAUUUGAUGUUCCUGCAGAUGUAACAGAUUCACAAACCCUGCAGGUUCUGCUGGACGCCCAUGAGAGAGUGUUUGCGCUAUAUCACCAGAAGUACCCUGCUGGAGCACUUGAUGGCUCGGGUCCAGUUUUGAAAGGUUAUGAUGUCAGCCCAUUUAUACUCCAGCCCCAUGAAAAUCAAAAAAGGUGGGAGAAUCCAGCAAGAACAUCUCGCUCGGCCUUUACCACUGUGUGGCAAACAUUUGCCGGCCAGACACCUGCAGAGAGAGACAUCUUCUUGCAUGAGACCUUCCCCAAUGGUUUCCUGAUGGGCUCCUCCUCUGCAGCCUUUAAGGUUGAAGGAGGCUGGGCCGAGGGAGAUAAAGGACAAUCUAUAUGGGAUGUUUUUGGACAACAUGGUCAAGCUGAUGACAAUGCAACCGCCAAUGUGGCCUGCGACAGCUACUACAAGAUUGACUAUGAUGUGUAUCUUCUGAAGGGCCUACAGUCCAAGGUCUAUCACUUCUCCAUCUCCUGGUCCAGAAUAUUCCCAACAGGACUGAAAUCCAAAGUCAACUCAGCAGGCGUGAAAUAUUACAACAUAUUAAUUGACCGGUUAAUCAAAGAAAAUAUCAAACCAAUGGUAACUUUGUAUCACUGGGAUCUACCCCAAGCUCUGCAGGAGUCCGGGGGCUGGCAGAAUGAAUCCACCAGUCAGGCUUUUAUGGAAUACGCAGAUUUCUGCUUUAGCACUUUUGGAGAUAGAGUUAAACAUUGGAUAACGUUCCAUGAACCUUGGGUCGUUAGUUACGCGGGUUACGGCACCGGACAACAUGCCCCGGGGAUCAAAGAUCCAGGAAAUGCCUCCUUCAAGGUGUCACACAACAUUGUGAAAGCUCAUGCUAAGGCCUGGCAUGUUUACAAUGACAAGUACCGGGCCUCGCAGCAAGGUCAGGUAGGAAUCUCUCUGAAUUCAGACUGGGCAGAACCAAAAGACCCAAAUAAUCCAGAUGACGUAAGAGCUGCAGAGCGAUAUCUCCAGUUCAUGCUUGGGUGGUUUGCACAUCCAAUUCUUGUCAAUGGGGAUUACCCAGAGGUCCUGAAGACGCAAGUCCAACACAUUAAUACCCAGUGCUCUACUACAUUGGCCAUGUUGCCCACAUUUUCUGAGGAAGAGAAAGCCUACAUCAAUGGCACUGCAGACUUCCUUGGCAUCUCCCACUAUACGUCCCGAAUUGUCAAUGCCUCUGAAAGCCCUAGCUGUGUGGCCGAUUAUAAUAACAUUGGAGGAUUUGCACCCCAUGUGGAUCCUUCAUGGCCGACCACCUCAUCUCCAUGGCUCUAUGUGGUGCCAUGGGGUCUUAGGAGGCUUCUGAACUAUGUCAAUGAAGAAUAUGUAAAAGAAGGACUACCCAUAUAUAUAACUGGGAAUGGUAUGCCAACACCUUACACUGGAGAGGUGUUCAAUGACACAGCUCGAGUGGAGUACUUGACAGCAUACAUCAAUGAAGCCCUGAAAGCUGUUAGGACUGAUAAUGUGACUGUAAGUGCCUUUGUAGUCCGCUCACUCCUGGACGGCUUUGAAGGACCUCAAGGAUACAGUCAAAGAUUUGGUUUACAUCAUGUAGAUUUUGAAAAUGCAAAUCGACAAAGAACCCCCAAAAAAUCAGCCUAUCUCAUUUCCAGUAUUUCUGAAAAUAAUGGCUUCCCAGGGACAAAGUUGGCCAAAAAAGUUAAUCAGGCAAAAUGGGUACAUGCAAAGAAGUUACCAGCUCUACCUGCAUCAGAAGUUCCCUCAAAGGCUAAAGUUGUGUGGGAUAAGUUCUCAGGACAAUCAGCCUUUGAAAGGGAUAUGUACCAUUAUUCUACAGUACCAAGUGAUUUCAAAUGGGGGGUCUCAACCUCCGCAUAUCAAAUUGAAGGGGGAUGGAAUGAAGAUGGAAGAGGACCAAGUAUAUGGGACACAUUUUCACAAAUCCCAGGCAAUAUUGUCGAAAAUGGCAAUGGCAACAUAGCCUGUGAUAGCUACCACCAGUUGGAUGCAGACUUGUACAUGCUAAAAAGUUUAGGAGUGAAUAGUUACCGCUUCUCCAUCUCAUGGUCUCGAAUCUUCCCAAGUGGACAGGGCACAGCCAAUAGUAAGGGUGUGGAGUAUUAUAACAAGCUUAUUGAUGGCCUAUUGGCAAACAACAUCACACCAAUGGUGACCCUUUACCACUUCGAUCUUCCUCAGGCUCUCCAAGACAUAGGUGGUUGGGAGAGUGAUGUAGUCCUUGAGGCUUUUCACAGCUAUGCAGAUUAUUGUUUUAGAACAUUUGGAGAUAGGGUCAAGGUUUGGAUGACUUUUAACCAACCCCACACAAUUGUUGCCACUGGUUAUGGUAUUGGUCUCUUUCCACCUGGUUUGAAAGAUGAUCCUGGUCAUGCACCUUACAGAGUAGCUCACAAUCUAAUCAAAGUCCAUGCUAGAGUCUACCAUACUUAUGAUGAGAAAUAUAGAAAUAGUCAAGGAGGUGUCAUUUCUGUGAGUCUCAACACUAAUUGGGUGGAACCCAAAGACCACACAGAACCGAGGGACAUAGAAGCUGCUGAUCGCUAUUUGCAGUUCACCUUGGGGUGGUUUGCACACCCCAUCUUCAAAAAUGGCGACUACCCAGAGGUGAUGAAAUGGCAGGUGGCCAAUAAGAGUGAGCUACAGGGCCUCCAGUCUUCCAGACUUCCAACUUUUACAGAUGAAGAGAAGGCCUACAUCCAAGGAACAGCCGAUGUUUUCACAAUAAACAUCUACACCACAAACAUAGUUCAGCAUAAGACCAAAAUACUAUUUCCUCCAUCUUUUGAAAGUGAUAUUGACAUUGCAGAGGAGAUUGAUAAUAACUGGCCAGGGACAGCUCUUGUUAAUUUCAGGGCAGUAGCCUGGGGUCUAAGGAGGCUGCUUAACUGGGUGAAAGAAGAGUAUGGAGAUGUCCCUAUAUACAUCACUGAGAAUGGAGUUGCAAUGGAAAGGAACCCCGAUUUUGAUGACACUGCUCGAAUUUUCUAUCAUAAGACAUAUAUUGAUGAAGUUAUAAAAGCUCACAGCUUGGACAAAGUGAAUCUGAAAGGUUACUCUAUCUACUCACUUAUGGACUCCUUUGAGUGGACUACUGGAUAUAUAAAGCGGUUUGGUCUUCACCAUGUGGAUUUCAAUAAUCCUACCCGUCCAAGGACUGCAAAACGCACGGCUAUUUACUACGCCGAAAUUAUCAGGAACAAUGGCAUCCCCAUGAACAAAGAAGAGGAAUUUCUGUAUGGAGAAUUCCGGGAUGACUUUGCUUGGGGUGUAGCUGCCUCAGCUUUUCAGAUUGAAGGGGCCUGGAGGGCCGAUGGGAAAGGGUUAAGCAUCUGGGAUCAGUUUUCUCAUACACCAACUAAAAUUGAAGAUGAUAGUAAUGGAGACGUGGCAUGCAACACCUACUACCGGAUUGACGAGGACAUAGAGCUUAUCAAGGGUCUUAAUGUCUCCCAUUACCGAUUCUCCAUCUCCUGGCCUAGAGUUCUUCCCGAUGGGACUAGGAACCACAUCAAUGAAGCCGGUCUGAGUUACUACUCUCGGCUGAUAGACGGUUUGCUGGCUGCUGGUAUUACACCACAGGUCACGAUUUAUCAUUGGGAUCUUCCUCAAGCUUUGCAAAACGACGGGGGUUGGGAGAAUGAGACAAUCGUAGACCGGUUUAAGGACUACUCUGAAGUUCUUUUCCAGAGACUGGGUGACAGAGUGAAGUUCUGGAUCACUCUGAAUGAGCCGUACAUCAUUGCCCACUUGGGCUAUGGAGAAGGAAUCUUUGCACCAGGAAUCUAUUCACCAGGGAUUAGUGUAUACCUGGCAGGACAUAACCUGAUUAAAGCCCAUGCAGAAGUAUGGCACCUGUACAAUGAUAAGUACAGAGCCUCCCAGGGGGGUCUCAUCUCCAUCACCCUCAACUAUGAUUGGGCUGAACCAAUUAACCCUUACAAACAACUGGACACAGAAGCAGCAUGGCGGUUCCUGAUGUUUUACGGUGGAUGGUUUCAAUAUCCUAUCUUUAAAACUGGAGACUACCCAGAAAUUAUGAAGACCAGGAUACGUGAGAGAAGCCUUGCUGCGGGGCUGCCCCAAAGCCGGCUCCCAGAGUUUACAGACAGUGAGAAGCAAAGAAUAAAAGGCACGUACGACUUCUUAGGCCUGAACCACUACACUAGCGUUCUGGUUGGAAAUGCUGUCUAUGAUCUAGACUAUCAGGCUUAUCAAGGGGACAGGGGGGUUUAUACACUGAGCGACCAGACCUGGCUCGGAUCUGGGAGUGCAUGGCUGAAAGUGGUGCCUUUUGGACUCAGAAGGUUAUUAAACUGGAUAAAGGAAGAAUUUAACAACCCUCCUAUAUAUAUCACAGAAAACGGCAUAUCUGAGCGUGGGACAAAUCUAAAUGAUGACUGGAGAACCUAUUUUUAUAAGCAUUAUGUGAAUGAGGCUCUGAAAGCUGUAAAGUACGAUGGUGUUGAUCUCCGUGGAUACUCCGCCUGGAGUCUGAUGGAUAACUUUGAGUGGGCGUCAGGUUACACUGAGCGGUUCGGUUUAUAUUACACCAACUAUUCAGACCCAAAUCUGACUCGUCUCCCUAAAGCUUCUGUGAAAUACUACAGAUCCGUGGUUCAGUGCAAUGGCUUUCCGGAUCCACAUAACGGGUCUCAUCCAUGCCUAGAACCAGAAACUGAAGGUACAACUUCCAGGCCCACAGCCACGACCAGCGGCAGCAGCCCCACUACAGGACCCUCGGGAGAGCAGGAACCACCAUUUGUGCACUUUCUGGGACUGAAAGUCUCCACCUCGGAUGCAAUGACUGCUUUAUAUGUGGAAUUUGCGCUCUUACUUGCUACCAUUUUAGUUGUCAUUUUGUUUUCAGUUAUGUACGGUAAACUUCGUAAAAAAAAAAUCAAGCAAGCCGAGUUAUUUUAG